AUGGGUCUUAGCCACGUACCAAAUGAAUUAUUAUUCAUGGUUGUACAACAUCUUGAAACGGUUAGAGAUAUCAAUUAUUUAUCUCGAACUUGUCGCUACUUUAACUCAACUGUCACUCCCCUAUUAUAUAAGAGGGACUCACAGACGAAUAGGGCAGCUUUAUUUUGGGCUGCCAGAAAUGGGAAUCCAAAAACAGCUUAUCUUGCAACCUACGGACAAAAGGCAGACAUCAUCAAUAUAAAAGACUUUGACGGUCGGACACCACUGUCCCUCGCCGCCAAGCACGGGCAUAAAGCCGUGGUGAAAAUACUGCUUGAGACUGGGCGAGCGGAGGUGAAUGUGAAAGACUCUUACGGUCAGACACCACUGUCUCGUGCCGCCGAGCACGGGCAUGAAGCCGUGGUGAAAAUGCUGCUUGAGACUGGGCGAGCGGAGGUGGAUGUGAAAGACAAUCGCGGUCAGACACCACUGUCUCUUGCCGCCGAGCAAGGCCAUGAAGCAGUGGUGAAAAUACUGCUUGAGACUGUGCGAGCGGAGGUGGAUGUGAAAGACAAUCGCGGUCAGACACCACUGUCUCUUGCCGCCGAGCACGGCCAUGAAGCAGUGGUGAAAAUACUGCUUGAGACUGUGCGAGCGGAGGUGGAUGUGAAAGACAAUCGCGGUCGGACACCAUUGUCCCUCGCCGCCGAGUACGAGCAUGAAGCCGUGGUGAAAAUACUGCUUGAGACUGGGCGAGCGGAGGUAGAUGUGAAAGACUCUUACGGUCGGACACUAUUGUCCCAAGCCGCUAAGGACGGCCAUGAAGCAGUGGUGAAAAUACUGCUUGAGACUAGGCGAGCGGAGGUGGAUGUGAAAGACCAGCGCGGCCGGACACCAUUGUCCCUCGCCCACGAGCGGGGGCCAUGA